AUGUCGAAGGCACGAACAGUUGGGAUUGGCAUGGACUACUCACCCACAAGCAAAUCGGCUCUGAAGUGGACGAUCGAUAAUUUGAUAGAAGCUGGAGAUCGAAUCAUCAUAAUUCAUGUUCAAUCUCCGAAGGCUGAUCCUACCAACAAGCAGCUCUUUGCAGACACUGGAUCACCUUUGAUACCUCUUGAAGAGUUCAGAGAGAUUAGUGUGUCCAAGCAAUAUGGACUUACCCCUGAUCCUGAGGUUCUUGAUAGGCUUGAUACAGUUUCCAAAGCCAAAGGGGCAAAGGUAGUGGCGAAGGUAUACUGGGGGGAUCCAAGGGAGAAGCUGUGUGAUGCUGUGGAACUUCUCAAACUUGAUUCAAUUGUUGUGGGGAGCAGAGGCCUGGGAGUCAUUAAAAGGUGA